AAUAAUGCAAGUAAUGCAAACUGAAAUGUCUAUUGAUGUCUAAAUAGUAAUAUCUAUAUUAGGGAUUGUACAUGAUAACAGAUAAUAAAUUAAAUUAAAACCCACAUCUACAUUAAAAUUGUGUCUCUCUUAGAAACCCCUUUUGCUAUGUUUACUUAACUUAAAAAAAGUUUGCUUGAAAACUUUGGAAGAUUAAGGACAAAAGAACAAACUUCUGCAUUUUCAGAUGGAGCUUUUGGGUUUUUGGUAAUUUCUCUGAUCAUUAAACAGUCUGAUCUUUGGGUACAUUGCUGAAACUUUCUAUUUUAGAAUGAUUGAUCACUGUCUUGUUGUUUGUCACUUGCAAAUUAUAUUUUUCACUGUCAAAUGAUGAACUUAAUGAAUCGCCCUAUAAACUUUUCAGAUUACAGGACAGCAACUACUGUUUCUCUGAGGUUAUUGCUGAUGUUUUCCUAGCUUGGGAUUGUGUUAAUACACAAAUGCAUUUUCCAGAGCAGCAAACUGCUAAAAAUCCUGCUUCUAUAGAGGUGCUCCUGUGCUUCCCGUAGCUCCUGAAUGCAGCAUCAAUUGGAUUAAGGAAUGGACCAAUACUAAUAUUUCAUUUUGACCCUUUAAAUCACACCCACGACGGCAUGAUGGAACGUUUUAGCAGAGUUUGAUGCUUCUGAUGGGCUUAUGUGUCACAACUAGAACUCUUCAGAACUUCAGAACCGUUUUCGCUCUCUGCCGCCACCAAGCGGUCAUUUUAGUUACACAAAACACAGACAAAUGACUGCGACAAUUUCUAAAAAACAUUGUUUCUUAUUACAUGUUCAUAUCAUUUUGUGUUUUUAUAAUCUGUUAAUGAUCUGUCUGAACAGCCCUCUAAGUUUUGGUAAAUCAUUCAAUCUGAGCUAUGAUCUGUCUUUGCCUUUUUAAAGAGAGAAAAGUAACAAAUGUGCAAUAUAAGACGCCACAUUUUUCAUGCAUAACAACCCAAAUGUCAGUGGUAAAAUAUGCUAAAACCACAAACUUGCUGCACCUUUAGAAGACAUCAUCUUUCACUGUGCCUCAAAGUGGAAAUAACGCCCCCUGACGUCUGCGUGAAGGCACGAUACAAUCAGGGGAAGUGAUGCCAGCUGUUGAGUUGACUGGCACCAACUGGGUUUUCUUAUUUAAGUCAGAAGAGCAGGGCCAGUCGGUGCAAAAGUUGCCCUCUUCUAACAGAAUGAGACUGGGUUCUUGUUUGUUGGUGCUGCUUGGGCUUGGAUUCUUGUCAACAGAAGCUUCAGAACCCGUCCCCUCGCACAACGGGAGUGCAGAGGCCUGGGAACCCGUCCCCUCGCACAACGGGAGUGCAGAGGCCUGGGAACCCGUCCCCUCGCACAACGGGAGUGCAGAGGCCUGGGAACCCGUCCCUUCGCACAACGGGAGUGCAGAGGCCUGGGAACCCGUCCCCUCGCACAACGGGAGUGCAGAGGCCUGGGAACCCGUCCCCUCGCACAACGGGUGUGCAGAGGCCUGGGAACCCGUCCCCUCGCACAACGGGAGUGCAGAGGCCUGGGAACCCGUCCCCUCGCACAACGGGAGUGCAGAGGCCUGGGAACCCGUCCCUUCGCACAACGGGAGUGCAGAGGCCUGGGAACCCGUCCCUUCGCACAACGGGAGUGCAGAGGCCUGGGAACCCGUCCCUUCGCACAACGGGAGUGCAGAGGCCUGGGAACCCGUCCCUUCGCACAACGGGAGUGCAGAGGCCUGGGAACCCGUCCCCUCGCACAACGGGUGUGCAGAGGCCUGGGAACCCGUCCCUUCGCACAACGGGUGUGCAGAGGCCUGGGAACCCGUCCCCUCGCACAACGGGAGUGCAGAGGCCUGGGAACCCGUCCCUUCGCACAACGGGAGUGCAGAGGCCUGGGAACCCGUCCCCUCGCACAACGGGAGUGCAGAGGCCUGGGAACCCGUCCCCUCGCACAACGGGAGUGCAGAGGCCUGGGAACCCGUCCCCUCGCACAACGGGAGUGCAGAGGCCUGGGAACCCGUCCCCUCGCACAACGGGAGUGCAGAGGCCUGGGAACCCGUCCCCUCGCACAACGGGAGUGCAGAGGCCUGGGAACCCGUCCCCUCGCACAACGGGAGUGCAGAGACCUCGGAAGACCUAGAGGAAAACCUGGUUGAGGAGGGAGACAUGAUUGUGAUGGAAGACCGGAAUGCCAUUAAAAGGGUGUGGCCAAAUGCAAUUGUCCCUUAUGAAAUCCGUCCGAACCUUGGUCGAGUGGCGGAAAGCCUUUAGGAUGAUAUCAGCAUCCACGUGUAUUCGCUUUAUUCCACACAAGAAUGAGCUUAACUACAUCCAUAUUAAAGAUGGCAAAGGCUGUGCAUCCUUUGUUGGCAUGAUUGGCGGACGUCAGCCAAUCUACUUUGUGCCAUCCUGCUCCUUGGGGAACCUGGCUCAUGAGCUCAUCCACGCUUUAGGAUUGUACCAUGAGCAAAACCGUUAUGACAAAGACAAAUACGUUGCCAUCAAUUGGUCAAGCAUCAUUCCAAGUCUUCACAAGGAGGGUAAGCCCCAAAUGGUCAUUGCUGAAGAAGCUGGUUGUUCAGAGUUCUGUAUUCAAGCGUAUUGAGAGAAAAUUGAGUGGAAGGAAGAAGUGUGGUGGGAAAAUGUGCACAAGCAACAAGGAGAACUGCAGCCUUGAGAGGAUUCUCAAGCCAAAUCAUUCAAGAAUUUGGGAGGAGCUUCAUAAGGAAUGGACUGAGGCUGGAGUCGGUGCAUCAAGAGCCACCACACACAGAUGAAUACUAGACGUGGUCUAUAAAUGUUGCAUUCCUUGUGUCAAGCCACUCUUGAACCAACGACAUCAGAUGUGUCUUACCUGAGCUAAGGAGAACAUGAACUGGACCGCUGCUCAAUGGUCCAAAGUCCUGUUUUCAGAUGAAAAUAUAUUCUGCCUUUCAUUUGGAAAUCCAUGUCCCAUAGUCUGGAGGAAGAGUGGAGAGGCACAGGAUCCAUGUUGCUUGAAGUCCAGCGUGAAGUUUCCACAGCAAGAAGGGAAACUUCAAGGUUAAACGUGGAAACACUCUAAACCAGCCUUAUGACUAUGAAUCCAUCAUGCACUAUGGGAUGUCUUAUUUCAGUAUAAAUGAAAGGCCAACGAUUGUGCCCAAAAACAAACCCAAGACCAUUGGACAGAGGUCCCAUCUGAGCAGAAUGGACAUAGUGAAACUAAAAGCCCUCUACUGCUGCUGAACCUCUCCAUGAUCCAGCUGCAAACUAUAACUGUUCCAAAUACUAAAUAAUAAAACUGGACAUAUGUGGUUCUCUUCAGAAGGGAAGAGGUGGUUGUGCAGGAUGUGAAAUUUUAUAAGGGUUUUGAAACUACCUUUUGGUGAGUUAUCAUUUGAGAAAUUGCAGAAGAUUUGAAAUUUUUACUUAAAGUAUUGACUGUAUAAAGUCUACACUUAACUUUUUUAAAGAACAUUGACAAAUCCAGUCCAUUAUGACCAGAACAAACCACUUUUGCAUUUGUUUGUAGAGUGAGCUCAAGUUUCUAUAAAUACUGAACUCUGGAGAGGUUUCUAGGGGGAAAAGACAAGUUAUUGGAGUCACUAAACCUUGGAUUUUUAGAACAACGCAUUGAAAUCAAUAUUUGAGGUUUAGGAGCUUAUGGCAGAAACUUUAAUUAGAAAACUCUUGUCUAUCAUAAAACAUUCACAUGGAGAAAGUAAGUGGAAAGUAGGAGUAGCUUAUAAAUUAGGGCUCGUAGUCACAAAGAAUCCUAAGACUAAAAGUAGCACUUCUUAAAAUUUCUCAAAUUCUAAGAUUUUUCUUUGAAUUUUCCCGCUGUAGGAUAAGUGAUUCACGAAGCAUCUUAGGCCUUAAAAAAGCUCCUAACGUUAGAUGUUAAGAUUAGUGAGGACUUUUAGCGAGUUUAAGAGUGUCUUCAGCAGAGAAGAUGGAGGAAAGACAGAGAUAUUCCCCAAACACUGAACAGUGAAUUAAAAAAACGCUACCAGCUCAAUCGUGCAGGGAUCCACCCCCUUAAUAGUCGAGUAAAUGAGCAUAUAAACUAUUACAAUCAUACAAUUAUUAAGAUAGAGAUUGACCUUAUCUCCCAAGAGCGAAUGUAUUUUCAGCAGCAGGACAGAUUAAAGGUGCACCUCUAGUAAGGUUAUAUUGAGGAUAAAUAAACAAUAACUAUGAAUAAAAAGUGCACACAAUUACCAAACAAUAUGGUGCAGAAUUAUUUCAAUAUUUACAAGUCCAGCUCUCACAAAAUAAAUUUGGGAAAAACUUUAAAAAAUACAAACUCUAGACACAAAACAGUACAAUUAGCACUAAAUACAUAGAAGGAAGAUGUAAAUGAGGUAUUUGCUGCAUUCUUCAUGAUGAUGUCAGCAGCCUCAGCCUAAA